UGGGUUUGCGCAGACGCAGAGCUACCUCUAGGCGGAACUGGGGCGUCCGGGGCUCCGGCAACCUAAACACCCGGUGAGAAAGGAAGGUGGCCCCGGCGGGGUGGGGCGCAUGCGCGGCAGCUCCGCCUGGGGAAGGGCGGAGAGGCGGAGCGGGGCGGCCAGCUGCGCGCGGAGCCGAGCAGGGUCAGGAUGGACGAGGACGUGCUGACCACCCUGAAGAUCCUCAUCAUCGGCGAGAGCGGCGUGGGCAAGUCCAGCCUGCUCUUGAGGUUCACAGAUGACACUUUUGACCCAGAACUUGCAGCAACAAUAGGUGUUGACUUUAAGGUGAAAACAAUUUCAGUGGAUGGAAAUAAGGCUAAACUUGCAAUAUGGAUUUUUUUCCCUUCAAAUCUUCUUGAGGAUGAGUGUUGGGGGUCGGGGGAGGACACUGCUGGUCAAGAAAGGUUCAGAACAUUAACUCCCAGCUAUUAUAGAGGUGCACAGGGUGUUAUAUUAGUUUAUGAUGUCACGAGAAGAGACACCUUUGUUAAACUGGAUAAUUGGUUAAAUGAGUUGGAAACAUACUGCACGAGAAAUGAUAUAGUAAACAUGCUAGUUGGAAAUAAAAUUGAUAAGGAAAAUCGUGAAGUUGACAGAAAUGAAGGCCUGAAGUUUGCACGAAAGCAUUCUAUGUUGUUUAUAGAGGCAAGUGCAAAAACCUGUGAUGGUGUACAGUGUGCUUUUGAGGAACUUGUUGAAAAGAUCAUUCAGACGCCGGGACUGUGGGAAAGUGAGAACCAGAAUAAAGGAGUCAAACUGACACACAGGGAAGAAGGCCAAGGAGGAGGAGCCUGUGGUGGUUACUGUUCUGUGUUAUAGACUCUGGGAAAUUCCAUCUCUUGCAUAUUUGAUCAGAUAGUGUCAUCUUUCUGUAUAUAAACUCUUUAACUGCUAUUUUAGGGUCCUUGCAGUUUGCACAUAUUUGUUUUGUAUCAUGGCAGUAAAUAUUUGCAAGAAAUCCUGCUCAUUGACUUUUCCAGUUACAGCGUUAUGGUAAGCAUGCAGUUUGCAGUCCGCAGUUUUUUAUGUAACAUGAAAUAGGUGUACCUUUAUAAGUACAUUUGAUUUUAUGAUUUACAUUCAUCAUGUGAUUUUUUAAAAAACCCACCUAUCUACUAUAUGUUGAUACAAGGUCUAUUUUCAGUCUCCCUUUUGCUUAAAUACUUAUCAAUUACUGAAUUAAUUGCUAUGUAGAACUCCUAAGGACCACUGGGAGAUACACAGGUAUCAUCAAACCUGGCGAAUUUCCCUUCAGGAAUGACAGAGAGCAUGCGCUGCAGCUUUCCUAGGAUGUUUGUUGACGGAUUCUCUUUUAGGUCGAAGCAGAAUUCUCUUUACAGGAUGUAGCCCAGGACAAUUUAUAAUUAAAUCUCUGUUCUAAUGCUGCUUCUAAAAUAGCAUUGAUAUAUUAAAGAAGUUUGGUCUUACUUUAAUUUACUUCAAGUGUAGCUCAGUUGCUUAACUGGAGUUUUGAUUCUGUGAUAUGUACAUGGGAUUCACGACCCUCUGUGCAGCAUUUCGGGGUAUGUGGUGUUUGACAGAAUGGCAGUAAGGUUUCCCCCCAUUUUGGUUCCAGAAGGACAGGUGUAGUGUGUUUAUGUAACUCAUGUAGUACUUACCACUUUUAAAAACAACACCUGUUCCCGUAAAUGUUGGUAGUAGUUGUCCAGGUGCCUCAGUUGUAGCUUGUGUAACGUUAAUGAAUAUCUGUAUCUUAUGACUUCCAUAAACGGCUAGUUGAUACUCAGAAACCUAUUUCCAUGUUUUGAGGGUUGGGGGAGAAAACACUGAAUUAUAAUUUGAGAAAGGCAUAUAUUGCUUCCAGAUUUUGAUGUGUGUGGGGAAAUAUUGUUGCAAUGAAAAUCUUGGUAAUUUAAUGUAACAAGUAGCCAGUAGUUUAUCAAAACCAACUUGUACAGACUAAUAAAUCUUUUCCACAGUAUUCAGUUUUCUAACCUCUUGCUAUUGAACAUUGUAUUUUUUUUUCACUCAUAUGUUAUUUAAUUUACACUAAUCUCUGCUAUUUUAAGCCUCCCGUUAAGUAAUUUGUCCUUUUAGGCAGGCCACUCUAACACACCUCAGUAAGAUUAACAAGAAAUACUAAUUUCUGGGCAGUUUGUUCUCUGUAUACAGUUGCAAAUGAUAAACAUUUUUGUGGGUCAUCUUUACAAUAUGUGUGAUAAUGAACUGAAAUGUACAUCUUCACAUAAGAAAACUUUACAUUCUACAUGGUUCACACUUGUUAGACUACAUUACAUGUGAUUAAAGGUUUUAUGCAUUACAUAUGUUUUUACUAAAUAUGAAAAAUAUACUACUUUAAUGUUAGAGAAAAAUAGGUAACACAUGUAUUUACCAUUUGUUGUUGUUACAUUAAAACUGUAGAUUUGUA